CAACACGUAUUAAAUUGCACUACAUUUUAACGCUGGUGGACUUUAGACAGGUGGAGGGACAGGUGACGUUAUUAAUAGUGCACACUCUUCUUCCUGGAAGGAAACGUAACGGCUUUAGAAAUGGCUAAAUUCUUUACACCAGCUCAAAUCAGUGAGUUCAAAGAAUGCUUCUCCUUGUAUGACAAAAAGCAAAAGGGUAAAAUUGAUUCAAAGGACCUGAUUACAGUUAUGCGCUGCCUGGGAACAAGCCCCACACCUGGUGAAAUAGAACGCCAUCUUCAAGUUCAUAAACUUGGAAAGACAGGUGAGGUAGACUUCUCUACAUUCCUGAUCAUGAUGCACAGACAGAUGCAGCAGGAGGACCCGAAGAAAGAAAUCCUGGAGGCCUUUAGGAUGACAGACAAGCAGAAGAAAGGAUUCAUCCAGGCGUCUGAGCUGCGGGCCAAGCUCACCACAUUAGGAGAGAAACUCACCAGCAGAGAAGUGGACGACCUUUUCAAAGAAGCAAACAUCAGGUCAAAUGGCAUUAUCAACUACGAAGAGUUCACCCAAAUGGUGACACUGCCACCAGUCGAUUAUUGAUGAUUUGAGGUAAAAAAUAAACCAACUGUAAACGUCACAACAAUGAAUGGUAGAAAAUAAACUGCAGACAUACUGAACCUGAUGUUUGCAACUUGUGGAAAUGCUAGUUAGUGCUUCAGACUGAGGGCCAUGAUCAUACCUUAACUAAGUAAUCAUUAUGUUCUUUACCCUACACCUGAACAUUUUCUUCCUGAUUUCUUUAUUAUGCACAGUCAAGUAUUACAGGCAAUAGUGUACAUGAUGACAUCGUCUGGCUAGUCUGAAUUAGCAUACUUUCAUUUUGUUUUAAAAAUCUGUAUUUUAAAAACCUUAACUUUUGACACACAAUUCCUUUGGCAUUGGACAUUGUUAAACUUACCAUUUAUGUUUGUAAUUUCAAAAUAAAACCAUUUUUCUUUA